UCCAGUUUAGCAAGUUGUUGGUUCUUCUGGUGUGCCAGCCAGUUACUCUUCUUGCUAAAGUUGAGCGUUGGUGGAGAGUGUGGAUUGGGGUGGGGGGCGGGGAGGUCAAGGGGGAGCAGCUUCCAGGAGACUCAUAAGUCUCCAGCCUCUUCUUGGCUUCUUGGGAAGUUGGGGGUCCUCAAGGCAGGUGGAGAGAAGGUCUCGGAGGAGGGGUUGGGCGACAGUCUUAAAUAACCCAAGGAGGCAGGUUGGAGUGUGAAACUGCUGUUCUUGGCAAUACAGAACCCUACUCCGCCUCGGGGAAGGCUGGGCACUCACCUGCUUGUUUUUAUUUUUCCAAGAAGGUCUGUGUUGUCUCCUUGAACUUAUAAAAACAGGGCAAGCACAGAGUGGCCUUCUUGCAAAGUCAAGGCUAGAAGUCUCUUUUCUUGUUCUCUCUCUCUCCUCCCACCUAUACCAUCUCUUACAAAAAAAAUCAUUUCCUUUCCUGAACCGAGUAGGCAGAGGUCUCUUAGCAGAGUGCGCAUGGGCAGGGCCUGACAGGUGUGUUGUGUCAAGAAAGACAGGUGCAAAUUUCCUCUGUGUCUGUGUGUGUCUGUACAGUUCCAGACCACAAUGCGUGCUCCAGGGUUGUAGAGGUUUAUGAAUUUAUGGUUGCCCUGGAUAAUAGGAUUGUCUAGGCUAAUGGGAACUGGGCUGUUAUUAGGUUUUGAGCCCUGCCAUGUGAGUUCUUUGGUUGGGGGUGGGGGAUAAGUUGUUAUGUGUUUGUUUAUUUUUCUUAAGGAUGUUGGCAGGCUGCUGCUGAGGCUGUCUCAGGCUCCUGUCUGAGGUGGCUCAAAGUACCCCCACUUCAGGCAGCAGGUGGAGGGAGAUUGACCUUCCUUUUGCUUCUCUCCAGUUUAUGCUUCUCUCCCAGGUCCAUGGUGUUGGGGGUGGUGAGAACCGUCUUUUGUGUGUGUGUGUGUGUGUGUGUGUGUGUUUUGGACAGCCAUGGGUGGUACGUGUAACUGCCAAGAAUACCAAAGUCAGUUUGAAAGUGUUACUGUUGUUAAAGCUUAUCUUUUUAGCGUGCUUUCUCCCUGCCCAGAAAGAAUAGGCAUGUGCAUAAACUCUUUCAAGUCAUAUGUUAAAUACUCUCAUAAAGUAGAAUGAGCCUGUCAUUGUACCAGACAUGUGCCAGAUGUCCUAGUUAUUACUUUGAUGGAGAAGGAAAAUCUCAAGUACGUGCGAGGUAACUGUGCUUUUCUAUUUGAUGCAAGAUGUGGGCAGUCAGUUCUAUGAAGAGUUUCUUGCAAGAACUUCUGAGUAUUUUCAAAAUGAAAUGGGCUGUGUGUGAUGAGGAAGAAAAAGGGGGAGUAUUCAGGUUGACCUGUCCAUGCGCUACAGCAUGGACAUGUUUUUGUAAGGGUAAAAUAGACCCGGGGAAGGACUCUGGCUUCAUGUGUGAGGGAAGAGUUUGAGAAUUCAGUGUAAGCACGGUAUCUGGAUUCUUAAAACUUGACCUUUUAAAUUUGUCUUUAAACAGGCUACUUCUUGAGUUGCAUAGAAUUAGGUUAGAUGGUGAAUGGCCUUUGUUGGUUGGUUUUGUUGCUUUGGGGAUGAUCAUUGUUUUAUGAAAAUGAGAUAGUAUGUGUCAUUUAUUCUUUAGACUUAAACAUCAAAGUCCCUCCCGCCAAUCGUCUCCUUGGAUGCUUUUGAAGUUCUUUCAUAAUUAAAAUGUCAUCUAUGGAUAUGUUCAUUUGCUUUAUUUGUAGUAGGGGUUAUCUGUGCUUGGCACUUAUUGAUAUUUUUAAGUGUCCAUUAUGCAGAAUUCUAUUUAGUUUAAUCACCACCUUGUGGGAAAAAAAGUCAUGCAUACAUAACAUGCAUCUUUGUUCUCACUUUAUUCAUUUCCUAGCAUCAUCCCUCUUUAAGUAGCGCUUGUAAUCUUAAAACAUAAGCUAGCUGCCAGGCUUGCUCUUUAUUUGUUCAGAGUGCAAGUACAUCUUUUUUCAUGAAUUUCUUGUAUCGUUUUAGAGAUUGUCUUGCAUUUGCAACUGCUAACAGAAGGAAUUUUUAGGUUCGGGCUUAACAUGAGAAAUUAUAAAAUGUUACUGAUUUUAUAAUAUGAAGAUGGAUUGUGCAUGAUAUGUUAUUAUUGGAUUCUAAUUAAGUAUUUGUAUAAAUUGGAAAGGACACAUGCAUAAGGAAUUUCUCAAACCUUAUUACCUAGUGUAUUCUAAAGCUUCAAACGACAUUUACAGUAUUUCGGUUUUCUACAAAAAGAAAAAAGUGGUCCCGGGAUUCUUGAGCUGUGCCCAGCUGACGAGCUUUUGAAGAUGGCACAAUAACUGUCCAGUGAUGCCUGACCAUGACAGCACAGCCCUCUUAAGCCGGCAAACCAAGAGGAGAAGAGUUGACAUUGGAGUGAAAAGGACGGUAGGGACAGCAUCUGCAUUUUUUGCUAAGGCAAGAGCAACGUUUUUUAGUGCCAUGAAUCCCCAAGGUUCCGAGCAGGAUGUUGAGUAUUCAGUGGUGCAGCAUGCAGAUGGGGAAAAGUCAAAUGUACUCCGCAAGCUGCUGAAGAGGGCGAACUCGUAUGAAGAUGCCAUGAUGCCUUUUCCAGGAGCAACCAUAAUUUCCCAGCUGUUGAAAAAUAACAUGAACAAAAAUGGUGGCACGGAGCCCAGUUUCCAAGCCAGCGGUCUCUCUAGUACAGGCUCCGAAGUACAUCAGGAGGAUAUAUGCAGCAACUCUUCAAGAGACAGCCCCCCUGAGUGUCUUUCCCCUUUUGGCAGGCCUACUAUGAGCCAGUUUGAUAUGGAUCGCUUAUGUGACGAGCACCUGAGAGCAAAGCGCGCCCGGGUUGAGAAUAUAAUUCGGGGUAUGAGCCAUUCCCCCAGUGUGGCAUUAAGGGGCAAUGAAAAUGAAAGAGAGAUGGCCCCGCAGUCUGUGAGUCCCCGAGAAAGUUACAGAGAAAACAAACGCAAGCAAAAGCUGCCCCAGCAGCAGCAACAGAGUUUCCAGCAGCUGGUUUCAGCCCGAAAAGAACAGAAGCGAGAGGAGCGCCGACAGCUGAAACAGCAGCUGGAGGACAUGCAGAAACAGCUGCGCCAGCUGCAGGAAAAGUUCUACCAAAUCUAUGACAGCACUGAUUCUGAAAAUGAUGAAGAUGGUAACCUGUCUGAAGACAGCAUGCGCUCGGAGAUCCUGGAGGCGAGGGCCCAGGACUCCGUGGGGAGGUCAGAUAAUGAGAUGUGCGAGCUAGACCCGGGACAGUUCAUUGACCGAGCUCGAGCCCUGAUCAGGGAGCAGGAAAUGGCUGAAAACAAGCCGAAGCGAGAAGGCAGCAACAAAGAAAGAGACCACGGGCCAAACUCCUUACAGCCAGAAGGCAAACAUUUGGCCGAGACCUUGAAACAAGAACUGAACACUGCCAUGUCGCAAGUUGUGGACACUGUGGUCAAAGUCUUUUCGGCCAAACCCUCCCGCCAGGUUCCUCAGGUCUUCCCACCUCUCCAGAUCCCCCAGGCCAGAUUUGCAGUCAAUGGGGAAAACCACAAUUUCCACACCGCCAACCAGCGCCUGCAGUGCUUUGGCGACGUCAUCAUUCCGAACCCCCUGGACACCUUUGGCAAUGUGCAGAUGCCGACUUCCACAGACCAGACGGAAGCACUGCCCCUGGUUGUCCGCAAAAACUCAGCUGACCAGUCUGCCUCCGGCCCUCCCGCUGGCGGCCACCACCAGCCCCUGCACCAGUCGCCUCUCUCUGCCACCGCAGGCUUCACCACGUCCACGUUCCGCCACCCCUUCCCCCUCCCCUUGAUGGCCUACCCAUUUCAGAGUCCAUUAGGUGCUCCCUCCGGCUCCUUCUCGGGAAAAGACAGAGCCUCUCCUGAAUCCUUAGACUUAACUAGGGAGACGACGAGUCUGAGGACCAAGAUGUCAUCCCACCACCUGAGCCACCAUCCUUGUUCACCAGCACACCCGCCCAGCACCGCAGAAGGGCUCUCUUUGUCUCUCAUCAAGUCCGAGUGUGGCGAUCUUCAAGACAUGUCUGAAAUCUCACCGUAUUCGGGAAGUGCAAUGCAGGAAGGAUUGUCACCCAAUCACUUGAAAAAAGCAAAGCUCAUGUUCUUUUAUACCCGUUAUCCCAGCUCCAAUAUGCUGAAGACCUACUUCUCCGAUGUAAAGUUCAACAGAUGCAUUACCUCUCAGCUCAUCAAGUGGUUUAGCAAUUUCCGUGAGUUUUACUACAUUCAGAUGGAGAAGUACGCACGUCAAGCCAUCAACGAUGGAGUCACCAGUACUGAAGAGCUGUCCAUAACCAGAGACUGUGAGCUGUACAGGGCUCUGAACAUGCACUACAAUAAAGCAAAUGACUUUGAGCAGGUUCCAGAGAGAUUCCUGGAAGUUGCGCAGAUCACAUUACGGGAGUUUUUCAAUGCCAUUAUCGCAGGCAAAGAUGUUGAUCCUUCCUGGAAGAAGGCCAUAUACAAGGUCAUCUGCAAGCUGGAUAGUGAAGUCCCUGAGAUUUUCAAAUCCCCGAACUGCCUACAAGAGCUGCUUCAUGAGUAGAAAUUUCAACAACUCUUUUCGAAUGUAUGACUAGUAGCAGUCCCCGUUGGAUGUCCAAGUUCUACGUGUCUAGAUUUUGAUUUCAUGUAUAUGUGUAUGGGAGGCAUGGAUAUGUUAUGAAAUCAGCUGGUAAUUCCUCCUCGUCAUCUUUCUCUCAUUUCCUUCUGUUUUCCAUUGCAAGGGGAUGGUUCCUUUCCUUCACCUUUAGUUUACUUUUGCCCAAGGCCCUUAACAUUUGGAGACUUAAAAUAAGGUUAAUUUUUAGGGAAAAAAGAAUGUUGACCUGUGUAAAGUCUAUAUUAGCAAGGACGGGCAUUUGUUAAAGAUGCUUCUGCUUGAUUGAUGGUUUAUUGCAAAUGGCGGUUGGCGGAGGGAGACCCCUGACACAGCACAACUUCACCAACAGUGAUGUGUCUCUUGUUCUCACAGCUAAGAGGGUGGGAAAACUCAAUGAAACCACUUCAUAAACUUAAAUAUGUUGUUUGGUUUGAACUCAAUAAGUAGCUUUUUAUUACAUUUAAAAAUAAUGCCAAUGGCAGGUGAACAGCUCACUUUUCAAAAGUGUCCCAAAAGGCCAAAUUUAAAAAAGAAAAAUCACUAACUGGCAAGCCUUUCCUAAUAGAAGUGGUGAACAGCCCGAACUAGUACCACUUUCUUAGGAAGGAAAAGCAAUUUUGCACAAAACUGACUCUUUCAAGAUGAGACUGGAAAUUCAUAGAUCAUCUUCUAGUCACCUCUCUAAAGGUUCUUCUUCAUAAUAAGUGAGUAUAUAUCAUUCUUCAUAGAGAAAAACCUCUAAAACUUGUUAUCCUUUUCUAUUUAUCUUGCUUCACAUAUUCAUAGGCACAUAAGUUUCAAAUUUACUUUUUGCUCAACUUUGUAUGCUUAAAAGAAUUAUUUCUGUUUAUUUAUCACUUUUUUUCAAAAAACACUAUUGUCUGAAUAUCUUUCUAUAGUAGGGAAUAAAGGACAUCCCAAUUUGACCAUAAAAUUCCUGCUGACACUACAAGUUAGUUGACAGCUGUUAGCUGACUUGAUCUUCACCUCCUGAGAGGAGGACAUACGAAGAUGACCUAUUUUCAUGGAUAAUUCCACACUACCCUGAUGGAUAUUCAAAGUGGUGACAGUCUAAUUAAGUGUUUCUUCACUUUAGAUAUAGCAUUUUAAAGCAAUUGAUAAAGUCUCUUCUAAUACAGAAGCUAGUAUUGACCAAAAUGUGAGAAGAGCGUAUAGCGUAGGAAAGUUUAGGGGUUAACCCAAAAGACACAAUUUCAGCACACGUAAGAAAGCUAGCUGCUAUUUGAUGCUUUCUUCAAUGGUUCUCCUCUUUUUUCGUUUUCUCUUUUUCCAGUUUCUCAAAGGUGUACAACGUCCCAUACUUGCUUUUAAGGAGUUGUUUGGCAUUCACACUUGUUUUCUUAGGUGGGUUUUGUGUGCAGAUGCAGUAAGAAUUCCUUGUUUAUUCUAUUAGGCUUUUCCAGACCCUUCCCUCCCCUUAGGUAAUUUGAUAAACACCUCCUAAAAUGACACAGUGACAAACCUGGUAUUUAGAUCAUGUGGAAUAUAAAUACCAUUUUUCCUUCAUUUUUAUAAAAGUACAUGGCUUUAGAGAAUGCACAUUGACCCAUGUGACUGACUAGCUGACCCACUCACUGUAAUUUAGCGUCAUUUAUAAAUUCUGCUGAUGGACAGGAAUGUAUCGAGGCAAUUAUUGUCAGCACAAAGCCUGAAAACCUGCUGACUUCAAAUUAAACGGCACAGUCUUAUGAUACCCUGCAUCAUUCAGGAGACUAACAGGCUCUUGCAGUGUAGACAGAGUGCAGCGGCAUGGGCUGGAACACCACCGGCUUCGCUCUGCACCCACAGCCAAAUGCAUCGCCCAGCUCGCACUCUCCUACACAAUGCGCUCAGAGCCACCAGAUCCAAUUUGUUCUUGUUCCAGCUUGCUUGAAAAAAAAAAUGUUCAGAUAAUCAUUACAUCGGAAUAAAAUGCAAACCAAAAAAAAUCCAAUCAGCACAAAAUAGGGAAGCAAUCUCAAUUUGAGGUCAUACUCUUUUGCUUUGCUUCAUGUAAAAGAGUGUGACAUUCAUUGUUCAUGUCAGUAUACAACUGGGUCUUUGCUGUUCCAUGUAAUUCAUAUCAACGUUGUGUUGCCAUUUGCAAGGUAAAAGGAAAAACCGUAGCGUAUUCACCUAUGUAGACAGAUUGCUAGUAUCUUCUUGAUCUGGGAUAAAUUCACUAUUGAUUCUAGACUUAUUUGGAUUUUUAGUGUUAUUCUCCCCUGCCUUUCUAAUUGAAAUGGAUAAAUGAAGCAAAAGUUUGUGUUCACAACCAAAUGUUGACGCGCUUAUCUACGAUAAUAUCCUCUCAAUGUUCACUGAGGCAUAGAAAUUAUUUCAGAGAAGAAAUUACAACGUGAGGACAAACUCACCUCAUUGUUCUGAAAAUAGGACCUGAUCGCUUUGCUUUUGGAUGAUUCUUUUCCCCUUUUACAAUCAUAAAAUCUUGUGCCUCCCAGUGCAUUGGAAAAUGACAAAAGCCUGUCUCUCAAAACUCCUAUUUAACAGUUUGGUUUUCUUUUUAAUCACCAUCUUUCAAAUCUUAGCUCAACUCUCACCAAGUGAAAAUUGGCUGCUUGACAGAAAGUUAACUUUCCAUGGUGGGAGGGUGAAGAAUGAGGGACGGUUUACAUAGGGAAAAAAAGUCUCAAGUCCAUGUUGAAAUACCACAUUACCACUUAUUUUCUGCUAAUCCUAAAUUAUUUUUGCAUAUACUCUUGAGGUUAUAGUCUGUGCCUAGACCUAAAAUGCACCAGCGGGGGGAUUUUUAAAAAUCCUUCAAAAUACCAGUUUUUUCCCACAAGUACAAUUGUUCUUGUGCCUUCUGUGGCUUUCAAUUUCAUCUUUUUUGACUUUAUUUCCAAUUACUACAGCUGCAAUAAACACUAGAUUUUUUUUCUGGCUGUUUGACAUAACGUUGAUAGCUAUGCAUAUUUUGUGUCUUUUUAAAACAAAGCGGGAGAAUACGUUUUUGAAGAAGAGAAUUUUUAGAACAGUUUGAUACCGCAAAUUAUUUUUUCCUCAAUUGUUUGAGCAGCAUUCGAGUUUUGAAAAUUCUUGUAGAGCCAAUUUUUUGUAACUGUGGUGCAAAUCUUGUGUUUUCUUAGCCUAAUGAAGAGUAGUAUAGAAGCAAUAUUUCAUACCAUGUGCUAUAUAUGUGUGUGCAGAUGUGUGAAUAUAAAAACACGUACACACAUAUACACACAUGUAAAAAUAUACAUAUAUAUAUGCGUGUGAAGUGGAAAGCUUACCUUUUCCUAUCUAGAUUUAAGGACCUAUUUUAGACUUUUGUUAUGUUUUGUGAAAAGAAUGUUCUAUUUGCAACAACAAAACAUUUAAUUCUUACUGUAUCUCUGGCUGUUUAAUGAGGACGUUUCACAUUAAAUGGUAAAACAACGUGGAAGAUGGUAGAAUGUAGUCAUUAUUUAAGGAAAUGUUCACCCACAUAUUCCUGAAGUUUGCUUUGUGCCUCCGAGUAUUAUUUAAUUCAAGUGUUUUUAUGUUUGCAGAAUCUUUGUUGCUGUGCUAGGGAGGUGGGUGAAUAUCAUUUUUAAAAAUUUUAAAAACAACAAAAAAAGCAAAACAAAAACACUAAAGCAAGAGGGGAACUUUUAUAAAGCAAUGUAAAUAUUUAACCUCAUGGCUGUUGUUACGUAAGACAUGAGAUUUUAAUAAAUAACUACAUUCUCACAACAUCUGUUGGAUUUAUCAGGAACACUACAGUGACUGAAUAGACAGUUGAGAGCAUUCUCGAAAAUCCUGUUCUCUUCUUUUAAAAGAUAACAGUCUCUUUCAUCAGAUGUUAAGGGCGAGGGUAGUGCAGUUUCUGUAAAUUUAUGAAAUUUCUUUUCUAUGUACAUGCAGACAUUUAGUGAGUGACCCCCCCACAUACAUGCACACACACAUACAUACACAUACAGGUUAAUACUAAGUCAUGAAGCUAAAGAUUUGGGGGCUUUAAAAAUAGGAUAUCCCCCAGAAGUCAUCAUAAAUUCAUCAAAGAAAAAGUGUUUGACAGACUCCCCUAAAAGAUGCAGUGUACAUGUGAGGAUAGAGCAAAAUCUCUUUGCCAUGUAUAUUAUAGAAUAUUCAUUGGUGUGAAUAGUACAAAUGUUUCCUUCUGGUACAAACUCUGUGUUUGCAAAUUACAAGAAGCAUUGUUUUCAAAAAGCUCCCCUUCAAAGAAUGUAACUGGUUUAUUAUGAGUAAGCAGUUACUGUAUUGCACUUAAAUGUUACGUUGAAGGAAAUGCAGUUUUGUUUUCUGUACAUCUGUUGGUUGUGAACCAUCUAUAAAACUUAAAGCUCAAACGCUCAUAUUCGGAGCUGGGAUCGAAACUGGUGUUUAACCUUUGCGUCUUCUUAUAAUUAUCCUUCUAUGAAUUUAACGGCAUCUGGAAGCAUCUGGACUUUGAGUCUUUUCAACUGAGCCCUCUCUCAGAUCUCACCCCCCUAAAAUGCACAAACCUGAGCAGAAAAGGCAGACAGACCGGCCCUCUUUUGUGAAAAUGUAUUCAUUCUGUAUUUUAAAAAUAUUCUAAUCCUCCACAGAGGGGGAAAAGGCAUUUUAAAAUUGUAUAUUACCACUUCAAAAUUAGAAUUAGAAAAACAAAUGUAUUUGGGGUUGGUCUCAGCACUACCUAGAAGAAUCAAAGGUCGGGGCUUUCCCGAUACUGUCCCAGCCAUUUCUCAUAUGUAUAUAGUAUAAAACGUGACAAAACACUGCCUUUAUAUUAUUUAGCAAUAUGUUGUAAAUAGCAUUAUUAAGCUCUUUUUUUUGUAAUAAAGACCCUUUGAUUUGAAUAUAGUACAAUAACUGAACUGAUAAAGUCAAUUUUUGAUUUUUUUUUUUUUUUUUAGCUAGAGGCAAUUUCAAUUGUGGAUUUUUGUUGUUGUCUAUUGUUCUGAAGACUUUGCAUAAUUUAUUGGUUUAAUUUAUCCUAAUUUAUUUGAUGAAGGUGUACAAUUUUGUAUUACCAAGGAUGUACUGUAAUAUUAAUUGAUAAGAUAAAAAAUGAGACUCCCUGUCCAUAUUAAAAAGAAAAUAAAAAGGUGCAGUAGACAAUUGAUUUUAAAGUAAAAGUAAAAAAUUUAGUUUGGCAGCUACUAAAUUUUAAAACAGGAAAAAAAAAAUGUCGUUGGGGGGAGGGUGGGAGGGGGUUUUUCUUUGUGUGUUUUAAGCUUUUGUACACUCUCCAAACUUUUACCUUUUGCUUUGUACCACUUAAAGGAUACAGUAGUCCAACUGCCUUGUGUGCCUUCCAUCUUCUCUUGAACUGAAUGUAUGUGCAGUAUAUAUGCAAGCUUGUGCAAAAUAAAAUAUACAUUACAAGCUCA